CUGUUUAAAGUGUUUUAACUGAUCUUUAACCCUGGCUUGAUUAUAGGCAACUAACAAAACAAAGAAUUUAACCGAUAAGAUUAUUGAUGUUGCGUCUUAUUGUCCAUAAAUGUGAUGUAAUUAUUCGCGAAAGUAAUUUAGUGAUAAACUUUGAACUUUGAUCCGACAAAACUAAAUUUGAUAAGAAUAUAAACAAGAGUAUUUAACGGAAACACUAACGGAUCAUAAGACAUUUGCAAAUGUACCUUUUGUUUGUGCGCUUUUAACUAUAUAAAGAAAUAAUUGACUAAGUAAGUGAUUGAUUGGAUAUGUGGUCACUGCAAAACUCUAUCUUUACUUGUGAACGAAAUCAUGAAGGUGAGAAUAUAAUUCACUAUCUUUGCCGCAAUGGAGGAGUCAUUGAUUUGCUGACUUUCCGAAAUGCCAUUAACGAUGAAAAUAAAUAUCUGCUGUCGGAAUUCAAUCGUGAUGGAAAACAGUGUAUGCAUAUUGUCGUAAGUCUGGAUAAAGUUGAUCCCAUAAAUAAACUCACGCUUUUGAUGAAGUGGGGCGCGGAUAUCAAUAGUAAGGAUCGAAAGGAUGGCAAUACGGCUCUUCAUAUUGCGGUCCUUACAAACAACUACGAAGUGGCUAAAUGGCUGUGCCAGCAGCCGGGAGUUGACAAGGAGAUUCUUAACUUUGCUCAUAAGACUCCGUAUCAGGUUGCCUGUGACCGUGCCAAUAUCAGGAUGAUGGACCUACUCAGGAAGAAUGGAGCACGAUGUGACGUUCCACUGAAAAAGAGUGCAGCUUACCGAAGGGCAAGUCAUGGUCAUGGUGUCAAGUUCAUCAGAAUGCAGGAAUCAGCUCAUUAGGUGAUGAGCGAUGCAACUUGAAACUUUAAGAAGUUAUUGUAGAAUUUUCGGUAUCAAUGUAUACAUUUAUAAGUCAUUAUUUCACGAAAUUGUUAAUCUCAUUUUGUGCCAACCAAACUUUUUUGUUAAUUAAUGUUACAAGUCCUUAUACGAUGUAAUUAACAUUGUAAGCUACUAUCACUAAAACAGUUUAUUGGAGGAACAAGUCUUGUGUAUAAUUAUGUGUAACUAUUAACGGUUUUCGAUUUCAAAUAAUUAUUCCGAGCAGAUUCUUGUUUAUUUUUUUAUGUUCUUAGAUCAGGCAUACAUACUCUACCCUAACAAUAUUGCAGUUAAAUUUCCAGCAAUAAAACAGUAAUGUUUCAAUUGUUGUGAUGGACAUUUGCAUUUAAGCUGCCCCGCUAAUCGGCACAAAACAUAUUACAAUGAUUAUAAAUACUGUGUGUAAUCUCAUCUAAAAUAAACAAAAGAAUGUUCUUUCUUUGGAAAAUCAGUUACAAGACUUUGUUCAGUAUUUUUGUUCAUCAUUUAAGAAGCUAUUAUAUUUUACAAUAAAUAAAUAAAUUCAUAAUAGAUAUAUAUAACAUAUAUCAUGAAAUACGAGUCUACUAUUCAGAAAAAAAUGACGCAUAUUAAAAGCUACAAAAAUUUUUUCUCAUUUGUUUUCUUCUAUUAGUUGUUGAAAGGGGAUAUAUAUAUAUAUAUAUAUAUAUAUAUAUAUCCCCUCUAUACUUUAACUAAUAAAAAGAACGAAUAUUUACAAAAAACAAUUUCGGUUCAUUAUAAGUUUAAUAAUUAUCAUAUUAAGUUUAAUGUCGUGAUUUGUAAGCCAAUUUACUAUUGCUUUAUCACACGUGACUAAUACUGCAAUACAAUAAUUUAUAUCAUAGACACUGCGUGAUAAAAUGAUGGUGUAGAAAUAAAAAUUCUUUGAUUGAAAUGAAUCAACUAAAAUUACUCAAUUCACAUCGUGACGUAGCUAGAUCGUGCAUUCAAUCUUUACCUGUCCAGAUAUUUCCACCAAUUUUCAACGGAAUACUAUACGAAUUGAUAAAUCUAUUAGCUUUUUCAAUGAUGAACGAAAAUAGCGAAUAAAUUUCUGUAAUAUAAUUAAAAGUGAUGACGUCAUUCGCUGAUGAAAAUAAUGAAAAUAGUAUCAGCAGAAACAACUACUUCGAUAUUCUUCAACAGGAGUCAUGUAGAAAUUUUCAACCUAGAGUGUGUUCCUAGUCGCGGUUUGAACGACAGUAUGAAGAUUUUCAUAGAAACUGCGGUUUUGUGUACUAGUAAUGAUUUCCAAAUCGAAACUUUCUAAUUGAACCAAACUUCUUGUAAGCUUAAAUUAGAUAACAUACAACAUACUUUUACAUUUAUUUUCCGAGGAGGUAUAGUAUUUUCACACUAAAGCGAUACAAAUCGUUAUCAUAUAUAACUUCCUGAAAUUACCUAAAUAGAAGUUUAUCCGUCUCUUGGUUCAAAAAUAUAAUUUAUCGAUUCAUUCAAUUAUUCACGUGGACACUGAUUUCACCCUCAUGAAUUGGAUUUUCAAUCGAAAUUUUCAAAUAUUUACACAAAUGUUAUACACCAUUUAACAAUCGAUUACGCACGUAUCGAAUGGUAUUGUUCAUCACGUGUAUGGCCACGAUUCUGAAAAAACUCUUCUCAUUGGAUACCAAUAUUAUGCACUUACAAAGUAUAGAAUAAUUACAUAUUAUAUUCCUCUUUAAGUAAUUCUGUUUUUUUUUUUUUGGACCUUGACGAUUCGACCGAAUUAAUUUAUUCUAUUUUGUCAGAAAAAAUUCUCUUGCAGUAUAAAAGCUGCAACAAGAAUUUUCAGUUUCUUCAUUCGCUUAU